AUGGGAUUUGUUUUAACGGUUUUUAUAAGGAAACAUUUUUUUCUUUUACCGGAAACGAUAGUUUUGGAAAAAUUAAGAGAUAAAAGAAGUGGUGGAUUUCCAAAAUUUCCAAUCGCCGUCGGCAUUAACGAAAGAUCAGAUCCCCAAAUGUGCGGAAGGAGAACGGUCGAACAUAAACCCAUGUUGGCAACGUAUAAAAUUGUCGGGGGAUCCAUACCACCCUACGGAGCAUAUCCUUGGCAGGUCGGCAUACAAAAUUACAAAGAACAUUUAAACGAUUACGAACAUCGCUGCGGCGGAGCUUUGAUCGGUCCACAGCUUGUUUUGACUGCAGCACAUUGCAUGAAAUCCGCAGAAAUAAAAAAAAUGAGAGUCGUCAUCGGUGAUUACAGUCUUCAAAGUCACGACGAUUAUCAAAAUACUUAUAAAAUAGAAAAAGUAAUAAUACAUCCGGAAUUUCGUAAAAAUGGUCCUUAUAGUAACGACAUCGCAUUAUUAAAAUUAAAAGGAAAUUUCGAAAUAAAUUCACACGUUCAAUACAUUUGUUUACCGGAUGAAGAUUCCGAAUUACAAUCUGGUGAAAUGUGUAUCGUAUCGGGAUGGGGUGCAAAAAUAGCUGUACCCCUAUUGAGUUUAGAUAAAUGUAGGAGUCCGGAAAUAUAUGGCGGAAGACGACAACCGAUAUUGGACAGCAUGUUAUGCGCGGGAAGGUUGAGCGGUGGUGUCGAUGCAUGUGCUGGUGAUUCGGGAAAAUUUUACCUUUCGGGAAUCGUUUCGUGGGGAGAUGGCUGCGCGAAAAAAAAUCGACCGGGAGUAUACACGAGAGUGUCACAUUAUUACAAUUGGAUACGAGACUCGGCGGAAAAGUUAGACACUUAA